AUGGCUCGGCCUGUCGCGCGAGACUCGUCGGAUCUCAAUCGAUCUUCUAGCUCGCCCAAGCAACGCGGAAAUCGGGAGAUCCAAUCACCUCCGCUUCCCUCGUCGUCACGCACACAUCACCUCAUCAUGUCUGGCGACUCAAAAGUGUUCUCCCUCGUCGGCAAGGGCCUCAAGCUCGACACCAAGGCCGACAUCCAGCCGCACCUCGACGCACUUCAGCAGAUCGCAGAUCUCCAAGAGGUCCACCUGGGCGGCAACACGCUUGGUGUCGAGGCUUGUCAGGCGCUCGCGGAUGUUCUCAAGGACAAGAAGACGCUCAAGGUCGCCGACUUUGCCGAUAUCUUCACCGGUAGGCUCAUCUCCGAGAUUCCCGAUGCGCUUCGUGCCCUUUGCGAUGCUCUCACCGACCACACCAGCCUUGUAGAGCUCAACCUUUCGGACAAUGCUUUCGGCGGUCGAUCGGCCGAGCCCAUGGUCAACUUCCUCAAGAACAACCACAGCUUCUCCGUCCUCAAGCUCAACAACAACGGUCUCGGCAUCACCGGAGGCACCAUCGUCGCUGAAGCCCUCUACGAAGCCGCGCAGAACCUCAAGGCCAAGGGCCUCGAAUCCAAGCUGCGCACCGUCAUCUGCGGCCGCAACCGUCUCGAAAACGGCUCAGCACCCGUGUGGGCCAAGGCGUACGCAGCGCACGGCGGCCUCGUCCAGGUUCGCAUGUUCCAGAACGGCAUCCGCAUGGAGGGCAUCGAGGUCAUCAGCAAGGGUCUUGCUUCGUGUCCCAACCUCGAGGUGCUUGACCUCCAAGACAACACUGCCACGCUCCGUGGCUCGCGCGCCAUCGCUGCAUGCCUCCCCAAGUGGCCCAAGCUCAAGACGCUCAACCUGUCCGAUUGUCUUCUCAAGCCCAAGGGAGGCGCGCUUGUCUUCGGUGCUUUGGCCAACGGCAGCAACCCCGCGCUCGAGACGAUCCAGGUCCAGUACUGCGACCUCGACCGAAAGGUGCUCGACCAACUCGGCAGCGCCAUCGACCUCCACCUCUCCAGCCUCACCAAGCUGGACAUUAACGGCAACUGGGCGGACGAGGAGGACGAAUGCAUCGAGAAGAUCAAGCGCGCCCUCGCCAAGCACGGUCACGAGGAUGCAUUGCUCGAGCUGGAUGAAAUGGACCCCGAAGGCGAAGAGAGCGAGGGCGAGGAUGAAGAGGAUGGGGACGAAGACGAGGACGAGGCGGACGCAGAAACCUCCGCAAAGGCCUCGGCACAGGUCGACGACACCGACGAGCUCGCCUCUGCUCUGGCCAAGACCAGCCUCACAGACGCAAAAUGA